ACCGCCGAAACGCCACCGUACCGACCGUACCGCCGUCGCCGCCACCGUCGCCGCGUAACACAGGUUGGUAUUUUUAUUAUAGGUAACGAUAAUAUUAUUUUGUUUUGUUUUUUUGUUUUUUAAACGCUUUUCGAAAUUCACGCGCGUGUUUCCGCGCUCUACAAGCGAUACUCACCCGAUCGUUUGUGGACGCGACGCGCGUUUCACCGUAGCCCUACCGCAGUUCAUCGAAUUAUCAUAAAUCGUGAUCGUUUGUCUGCUCGUCAUCAGACGCGCGUGCGCGUGCACGUCGUCGGUAAUAACAAAUAUUUUUAUCGAAAAAUAAUGUUUAAUAAUUAAAAAAAAAAAGAACAAUUUCGAGUACGAAAUCAGUUCUAUGGCGAUAGGGCCGAUCAUAGAUUCGCGGCCCGGCCAGCCGGGAAGUUUCCCGGCGGGCCGGCGGCCUAACGAAACGCGUUCCAGCAAAAACAAAAAAAACUGCAAACCGUGUGCACGGUUUUACUCGUAAAAAGCAUCGCCCGGAUUUCGUUGUAUUUUUCUUCGUGAUUCUGCAGUCGGCGUUUCCGGCGUGAAACGAACGAAUUCGCGUUUCUCAAAAGGGCAAAUAAUCUCACUCGUGUUCCGUUUAAAACGAACACAUUGGACGCGCCGCUUUCAAACGGCGCAAUUUACAUUACGGUUAAGACGGCGCGUUUGUCGUCCCCGCGAUGCACAAAACUCGCGGCGUAGCUGCGGAUUUGCGAUCCGAUCGCGCGCUGUCGGUUAUGACAAACAGGGCGACAAACAAGUGCGCGCGAAACAUCGGAAUUUAAAAACGCUCGUAUCUCGGUCGAAAUUAUCGGACCGUCGGAAACGCUUGCGCUUGCGCGCAGACACGGAUCGAUGGGGUUUUGCGUUAAGUUUGACGGACAGGUCGAUUGUUCGUUCUAACGUCAACGCUAACGGCGCGAAAUCGGUUCUGCCGGACGCGAAUUCCGCGCGCGUCUGCGAACCGGGCGCGAAACAAACACGCGCGCGUCCGUUCCGCUUUGAAGGACGGGGCGAACUCGCCCGGUCGGCGCCCGGUCGGCGUAACGUCCGAAACGUAUUGUACGCGGCGCAAACGGGUAAAAUGACUUGCGCGUUCAACGGAACAAGCGACAAGACGGCUGCGAGACGGUGACCGUUUCCGGGGUGACCGGGUGAGACGGCAAUGGAACUACGACGGAAAAGCGCGCGGCGCGCGGCGAAUUCAAAGGCGACGGCCGUAACGAAGCGCGCGACGUCGCGAACCGAUUGUGGUUUCGGGUGUCCGCCGUGGCCGACGGGAGCGAACGUCGGACGUUCAGCACGUACGAUCGGACGCACGCCGCGGCGCCCACGUCAAGCAUUGCCGCCGCCGAAAUCAAGCGUCGAUACGGCUGCGAGGGGCGGCCGUAGGAAAAACGUUCGAAACGUCACCGCGGCCAGCGACGCGGGCGCCGCUGACAGAAGAGCGCGGUGGUCACGGCGCGGACGUGCGAACAGAGGGCCGCGACGUGAGCCGGAACCGUUCGUCUCGCGCGCGCCCGAGCCGCGGUCGAUUAUUGGCGAGGAACGUGUGCCGGACAGGUAACGGCCGUAUCCCGGUAGGGGCUGCACCAAAGUUUGCGCUAUUGUUGUCAUCACGCUGUCGGUUCGGUACCACGACAACGGUAACACCGUGUUUGACAAAAACGAGUCUUUUGCACGGGCACCCGGAUAAUGUCAGCGGCGCGAUCGCUAAGGCGCGAAAGUCGGGUGAGAGAGUCGUUUUGGCGACGGCGAAAUGGGCUCCUGAAAAUCGCACGUCGAUUCCAUUAACGAUUAUUACGCGUCGUGCAUAGAUUCGGAAAAACGUCGGACGGUAAUUCGCGGCCGCCGGGCCGGAUGAAAACGAAAAACGUAAUAAUUCCGUUUAUUUAUUUCGGAAACGAAGGGCGCGCGGUUCGGGCGGCGAGAGUGCGCGGCCCGUUUUUCGCGCGAACGCGACACCCGGCACCCUGGCUGCGAUUUCGGCUCCGGUUUUGCGGGAAAUCCCGCGGGUUUCGCGAGAACGCCCGGUUACGAGAUCGCCGCGUAAACCGCCGGAACGCGUACCGACAACGGGGGGAGGGGAGAGGGCGACAUUUUUACCGGCGUCCGGCUGCGGUGGACUGCGGCGUUACGCGUCGCCGAUCGGAAUUAUCGCUCGCGGGAUUACACACCGCCGCGCGUUGACGUCGGCCGCCCGCAUCGCGAAAACGACGCGACACGUGAACAACGUUAUCCGUCGGGGCGACGAAUUAACGUUAACAAUAACGACGUUUCCGCACGCGGCGCGCGCGUUGUUCAGACGUCCCGCACGACGCAACGGCACUGUUGCCGUUACACGGGGGGGCGACCGGCGUAACCGCGUGACGAGCGUAACGGCGCGCGUGUCGGGAAAAAUACCGUCCGACCGUACUCUCGGUGUUGGUUUCUCGGCGGCUCUGAAACCGUCGCGCCGCUGGGAUCUCCGUUUUCCGCCGCCCCUUAUUGCACGGCGUAUCGACACCACUUGAUCCGGUUUCGGUUUCCGAAUACGGCCACGCAUAGGCGGACGGACGGUUCGGUUUUGAACCGGUCGCGGUGUUGGAGCUGUCGGUCCGCGGUCGGCGCGGGACAUUCCACGUUUUGAAUUUCGAGACGAUAAACGCCCCGCGUCACGUCGACCGCCCUGUACACACGCACGCGCGCGUGCGCAUUAGAAAACACGACAAUGCGACGCGUGGCGCCCGUUUCCGUCGCCUCGUCACGCGGCGGAUAAUUUACCUGCCACGGGCGGUGAAAACCGCGCGGCGAACCCACAGGCCGUCCGCCGUUGCGUCUCCAGAGAAAACAUUCUCGCGGUGCACCGCGGUCUCCCGUCGCUAAACGGCCGUUUGUUUCGUAUCGCUCGCGCGUUGUGAACGAUACUCGGGGCCGGACGCCCGUAUCGUAUCGAUACGCGAGCCAACUCUCAUACUCGGCGUUCGAUCGACCGUCGGAUCGUUAUUUGACGGCCGCGAAUUUUACCGUUAUUAUUUUUUCUCUCUCAAUUACGUUUUUUUCCGAUUCUGAGCGCGGCGGGUAACGCGACACGGCGAGUUCCCGUCGGGGAUGUACCGCACGACGCGCCGCGCACUCGCGAGAUUCGCUUCAAACGCUUCCGGGCGACAAUCGGUUCGCGAUUUCGACCCCCCGACAUUGUUAUUGACGCGUCCCCCGGCCCUGUAAACCGCACGGCAUCAUACGUCUGUGUCCCGUAUCGAAUUCCCGCGUUUCGCUUAUUGGAUCGUCGCGUUUAACGUUUGCGUACAAACGUGUGUUUGGCGCCGUCGAUUGUACCGUCAGAGUACACAUGCAUGUCGUAUCGGUCCGUGACAAAACCGUAAUGCUAGAACGCCGUUUACGUGUUCGCGCGUUGGUGUUUUUCUCGGCGUUUUAGUCCUCCGUGCGCGACAUGAUGAUUUUAAAUUAUCGGCAGGGUUUUACGUACCCGUAACUCGAUUGAAAAUGAAAAUAUCGAGGGAGAAAAAAAAAAAAAAACGGACGCGCAAACACGUAGACAAUGCGAUUUCACGACAUUUACGGUAGCAUACGUAGUACAGCGGUAUUGGGGACGUGUGAUAUCGGAUUCUUGUUGCGGCCAGAAACGUAUAUCGACGAAUCGGUUUUACGAAUUCGGCGCGCGAAUUUCGUUACGUUUGUAUCGCGCCCGCGUGCGGUUUUUCUGCCGGACGUCAUUGUUCCGAUCAAUAAACGAAAAUAGAGCUUUUUUUUUUUUUGUCUACAGCGUCGCGAAAACGUUUUGGGAAAUCCUCGUCGAUAUCCGAGAUAACGAGGAAAAACUGGUUGGAUAAAAAUUAAAAACGAGGUUUUCAUCGGCGAAAAACAAAUUUAUUCGACUUGGUCCAAUGAGUCGAAUUAAUUUUCCAAUAGACUCUGAAAUCGACUUCCGUGCCUCGGACAAUUUAUACGCCGGUCGGCUUUGAACGUGUCGUCUCGUCGUAACGGCGCAGCAGUUCAAUCAACCGCGCGCACUGUGCACCCGCGGCUGCGGUUUACCGAGUUAACAUAAAUGUUUACACGUUACCCACUCGCCCAGCCUUGACAAUAUUGUCGUUUACGUGUCGAUAACCGGCCGUCGACGAUCGUUCGUCUAUUAUUUCGUUUCGUAUUACAAUUAUCGUAGCGACGUCCGAACGUGCGAUGUUUUUUUUCGUUUUGUUUUUGUUUUUUUUGUUUUUUUUUUUUUUUAUUCCUAGUUUCGUUUCCGCCGGUCUUUCGCGCGCACAACACGGCCGGCGGUGGUUUCGCGGCCUUCCACGGUGCGAGCAGUACAACAACCGUAAUAACAACAACGCCGCGAAACGGUUUUCGUAAACAUUAUGCGUUUGCGCGGAUUUGUUUUGCAUUCGUGUGUUGUGUUUUCUUUCGCCUACCGUUAAACUGACCAGCGACGUUGGCCGGGGACCCGGGGGCUACGCCGCCGCCGCGGCGCGACAAACGCGCAGACCGUUUCGAAACGGAAAACGCCAAACGCCGAAUUACGACACGGCGCCGCGCGGGCACGCCGAUGACGAGUCGCGGGUCCCCGCGCGCGUUCGGUCCGCGACGGAAAACCCGCGAUCGACAGCGCGCACCCGGCGCGACGUUCAAGCCCGGGCCGAUCGGCGGACGGUGUCGACGGUAUCGAGUUUGAGGCGGCCGAACCGUCAGUUCGAACACCGGGUAGUUCCGUCGCCGCUGAAAGCCCUAGGGCGACAGUUUGAUAUCGACUACGGGGUUGAACGCGACGUCACACGAACCCGUUCGUCUCGACGGCAAAUACUUCGUAACCCGUUUCGAAUCCGUCGUCGGCCCGCGGUAUUUUUCGGACGCGGUUUUUCAACACGCGUUCGAAUCUCCUUUCGCGGGGCGGAUGUUCUUUCGCGGUCAUAGUCCGCACCGCGGUAUAGCGUCUCCUGUUAUGCCCGCACCCGGCGUAAAGCGCCGAGUUAAAAAAAAAAAAUGUUUUGUUUUUUUUUUUUAUUUCAAUUCGCCGGUCAACCAAAGCGAAUCUACCGGAACACCAGACUACACAAAUAUUCCAUCGGCGACGAUCUCGUCACCGACGCGGCUUGUUUUUUACCCGAGCGGUUUUCCCGUUCCCGUCGGCGUUUCCGUUUAUCAGUCCGCACACAUUUCACGCGAAAAAACGACCGAUAUAAAUUACAACGCAAUAUCCGUUUCGCGCAUACGAUUUCGAUCGCCAACAUCGUUUUUGUCGGUUUUCCAGGGAACUCGUAAUGCGCACCGCUGCAGAGAGACGCGCAAAUAUGCGCGUGCUGUUGUUACUUUGUCCACGAGGAUUCGAAACAGUAUUUGUUAUACGCUGCACUGCUGCGACAGACACGUGCAAUAAUAUAAGCCUAAUUUGUUUUGGUCGACAUUUACAAUUUUUUUUUUUUUUUUGAUGUUUACACGCGCGUACUGCAUUUUCAAACGUAGAACAAUAUCGAGUUAUGUACCGAUACUGUUCGCAAAGGCGGUUUUUAGUUGAUUUCUCCGGAGGUUUCGACUUAAACUACACGGUAUAAUUGUUUCAACUAGUUCGCGUCUGUGUUUUCAACUUUUAACUUUUUUACAAUUCAUUCUCAUAAACAUCCAGUUAAGAUGGUGGUUAGGUUAACGAGUUUUCGAAACAUCGUGUAAUGCAUAUUACUUAUUAUAUCGAAUACUUUCAAUCCUGCUGCUCCCCGUGCGAUGCAUUACAACACACUGUAUAAUCGCGAUUUAUUUGUUCCAGGCGCAUUCAAAUAUUUAUGAAAACGGUGAUAGGUGUUCAUUGGUAGGGAGAAGUGCAUUUCAUAAAAGACAAACCAUUUUAAACCGUUAACAUUUCAUUGAUGAUGACCACAUUUUUAUUUUUUAUUAUUAUUCCGUUAAGAAAAGUUUGUGUUUGACAAAAACUGAUAGUUUUUCAACAUUUUUUUUAUGUUUGUCUAACCGCUUUGGUGAACCAAUACAAUUAUUAUGAAAAUAAAUUAUUCGUAUUGCAUAGUGUCGAUAACGAAUAAUAUUUGAAUAAUAACAUACGACCGUCAUUGCAAAUCAGGAACCGUUAAAAUCGCGGGAAAUGCGUGCACGUUAUUGUAUAGGGUGCGUCGGAUAAAAACAGAUAUUUGUUACGAACAAACUUUUCUUUUGACCGGUCAGUUAUGAUCGGCCGCCAUUAUGUUAGCAUCUAUUUUUACAUUUUAACUUUUAACCGGCUCGCUUUAUUUUUUGUCAACUUUUAUUUAUCCGUUUAUUUAACCAAUCGAGUUGAUUAUUGUUUGCAUUAACCGUUGCACCUUAUCGCUCCAUCUUUGGUUUUGUAUAGUGCGGAAAACGCCUAUUGAAUUCCUAACGAUAAAAUGGCAAUUUCGUUUUUAUAAUGUACGAGUGUAAUAUCUAUAAUUGUACUUACUCCCCCGCGUUUUGUUGCAGUAAAAAAAAAAAAAAAAAAAAAAAAAAAAAAAAAAAACAAUAGUAAAAUUGUCUGCAGUAUUGCACCAGAAAAUAUUAUCAAGUUCUGUAUAAUAAAUGUUAAUAGGAGGGUAUUUUAUCAAACAGGAUACCUUUACAUAGUUUACAGAAUUAAACGAUUUUAGCGACCAUUAAACAUUUUUUGUUCGUCUUUUGGUUUCAUGAAAUAAUAUGUCAACUAUACAAAUUGAAAAGAAAAUAUUAUUAUAAAUGUGAAACAUCAACAAUAUAUUACAAUUAACUCUUUUCUCUCUCUCUCUCUCUCUCUCUCUCUCUCUCUUUCUCUUCCUUUCUGUCUCUCUCUACGUUUUUAGUUGAUUUUUAGAAAGUACCGUGAUAUUUUUCAAUUUCGUCGGGAAAUUUUCCAAUUUUAUACGGAAACGUACGUUUGGUAUAUUGCGUAUAUUUUUUUCUCCGUUGAUCAUUAUAUACACUUAUUGCAGCCUAUGUAUAUUAUAUGGGUAAGUAGUUUUGUAACAAGUUCGAUCGUUGAGAAACGUGUUCAGCGAUACGUGAACAUUAGUUUUCACAGAAAAAAAAAAAACUCAAUUUAUACUGUCGGUGUUUGAUUUUAGGUUAGUCGAUUCGACGUCUUCGAAUGGGUUCAAUAAAGGGAAAGCGUUCAAAAUCGGCCGAAUCAUUUCCCGGCCGUUUCUAAACCGUAAAAAUCAAACGUAUACUAUCGCGAAAAAAAAAACAUUUCCGCAGUAGGAUUUUUUUUUUUUUUCAAUCUCUUUCACGUCUCACACACAAUUAUUAUUAUUGUAAAUUUUCGACUGCCACGUAAAUAAUAUUACAAUAAUAAUGAAAUAGUUCACCAAAAACAUGCCAAUAAAUUACGAUCCGGUCUCUACGGAUGCCACCGAAAUUAUAAAUAUUUGAUAUUUUUUUUUAUUAUUAUUAUUAUUAUUACCCAACUCGAAAUAUGCGUUUAGUUUUAAAUACUCCGAUCUAAGCGAACAGUACUCGAAUUCAUGGUAUUAAAAUGAGCAUUUUUUUUUUUUUUUUUUUUACUCCGUCUAUAGACAAACAAUAGAAAAACCAUUAGAGCGGUCGUGGUUAAAAAAAAUAAACGCCUCUUAUCUACAACGGCCGUUUCGGCGUAAUACGCGGUAUUUGUAUGCGCGUACAACCGUAUCCAGUUAUAUUUGCAUAAAAAACCCAUGAACAUUGCGAUGCUAUCAAUAUUCUAAUAUUUUGAUUGUGGUGCGUGUGUUUUCGAUUACACGUAAAUACGACGCGCAGUAGUGUUUUCAUUUACUACACGGUAGUUAAAUUCGCCGACGACCCGUUUACGAAAACGUUCGGAGCAGCGCAUUCGAUAAUUCAUCCAGGUGUUUCCGUAUUAUACGUGCCUGUAUAUGAUUAUCGUGUAAAAAAAUACCAUCCAGUGCCCGAUUUUUCUUGUUUCCCGUCGGCGUGUUCCCGUCUAUUCCCGCUUUUCGAAUCGUGGUUCCCCGCGCCAUAGUCUGUCCGUCGCGCCCUGCCGUCGAGGAGAUGUAUCUACUACCUUUGUCAUGUUAUUAUACAUCCAUGGCUUUUAAUUUAUUUUUUCCCAAAGUUCCACUUUGCCUUUACCUACCGUUCUUGAACUCUUCCGUUAUUUUUACAGUUAUAGACACAACCUUAAAGCUUCAUUUUUUAUAUUCGUUUCUCGUCCGAUCUAUCCUUGUGAUACAAAGACAUUCACCGUGACAUUUUCAUCUCGUUGUGUACUGUUACUGUUUUCAGUAACAACGCUGGACAUUUCACAGUUAACACAAAUCAAAAUCACAACUGUCGAGUGAAUAGCUUCUAAAACCCUAUCGGGAAAGUUAAGGCACAGAACUGAGAAGUUCUGUCCCAUGUUCUCUUUUGUUCUCUUUUAAAAUAACAGCAAUAUCGGGAAUAUGGGAGAUACUUUGCGAUACGACAAAAACGGGUUGUCUUGAGCUACACAAGUCCUAACCUAAAAAUCCCAGUAUAAUUUUCGAGGGAGAUGAUGUAUAGCCAAUUCAAAUAAAUAAAAAAAAAUUAUAAUAAUAUUUUUAAAUGUAUUUAAUAUUAAUACCAUAUACUCACCUACGUACCUAUACAAAGCUGGGCAGUGGGCAAGUUAACGAAUUUAUUUAAACUAAUUUAGGAUAUCCUAAAAAAAAAAAAAAAAAAACAUCUAAGUUAUAGAUUUUUUUUUAAUUUAAAUAAAUUUGAGUAACUAAUAAGUUAAUUUACAUAUUUUCAAGAUAAUUAUAAUUUACUGAAGUUAAAGUUACUUUUUUUUAAAAAAAAUUACCAUUUACCUACUUUAUACAAUAUACACUCUUCAAAGUAUUUUGCACUCUGGUAUCCACGUGAAAAUAUCUAAAUUUCGUCAAAAAAUAAAUAUUGCGAAAAACAUAGAUGCAGAAUUUUUUUUUUUUUUUUCGAAAGAAAAAUUCGUAAAUAACGUUUUUUUACAAAAUAAACCGAGUCAUGUGAACAUCAUUUAUUUAAAAAAAAUAACCAAGGUAUUAACUCACGUCUUAUUCGCUAUGCUAUGUAAUUAAAUGGGUACGAUUUUCGGUAUCUAUGCCGUGUUAACAAUAUUAUUGCCGUAUAUACGGGUCGACGGCCUAAGUAUUAUAUAGUGGCGGUGUUUUUAAUAAGCGGUGAGAUUACAGAAUUGCCGGUGUAUAGAAUAUUGAGCGUUUCCUUGAUAAACGUGUACCCGGGCAAUAGGUAACGUGACGAAUGAUAAUAUUUGAUUUGCCGGUAAUGGAAAUUACGAGUAUUUAUAUUAUAUAGGUACCCAAAACAACCGUUAGUCGUACAUUUUGCACAGUGGCAAUUUUUCGCCACACAUAUACACAAUAUCAACCAUUUGCGCCGGCUAGGAAAUGUAUCGAUCCACUGAGAUCCAUUUAGGGUUUUCACCGGUCCAAAAUCGUGCAACAUAGUUCAAAUUGAUAUAAAUUCAAUUAAAAACGAGUAUAAUUUUGCACAUUCCACAUGUCGACGAUAAAAAAAAAAAAAAAAAAAAAACAAAUGCUAUUCCUAUACACAAAUGUGAUUCCUCGACUCGAGGAAUAACCCUUAUUUUUUAAGUCGAGAAAAUUGAUUCCGGGACAAAAAAAAAAAAAAAAAACAAACAAUUUGUAAUUAACAUUUAUUUUCUCAAUUAAUUUAUUAUAAUAAUAAUAUUACCCCGUAGAACAUAUUGGGAUCUAAAUUCAACUAUAGGUAACACAUGCCGUUUGUGCUGAUACCGAAUGCAGCUGAUGUCGCUUAUCGUAAGGGGGCACCCUCAUAUUUGUUUACAUCAUGAGCCGUUUGUUUUAUUGUUUGAAAUGUUCGUUCGUAUGUGUGGUCGCCUGAAAGAUGCACUAGCGCGCAUGCACAGUAUGUAACGAUAUAAUUAUGUUAGGUCCGAACGUUAUAGAGCUAGUACCUUUAUUUCGGCACAAUAACCUGCUACUAGAGUGCAAACCCUUCUAGUUUAGAUUCCAACAGGUACUGCAGCGGUUUUCUACGUCAUAAACAAACAUCAAAGUAAAUACUAAAUUAUUAUUGAAACUGAUAUACGGCGAAUCAGUGACGGACCCUGGGUUAUAAAUAUUACGAAAAAUAAAAACUGGAACUGUUUCUUGAAACUUUGCGCCCGGAAUCUGUAGCUAAUAAAUCUGAUCGUUUGUCUCGUGUACGACUCGUCCAGGUCAAUCAACAAGACUGCGGUUUCUUUUCGUUCAAAACUAAAAAUACACUGUUCGAAUUUGUUGUUUUAGAGUUUUCUGAAAAUAUUAACUUAGCCCCCCCCCCAACCAAUUGUCCGGAGCCACCUCUGUAUCAGUUUUAGUUGUAGCUUUUAUUUAUGUAACCGCAUAAAAUUCAUUAUGUCCAGAAAAUGUACUGUAGCAUCUGUCCGUAUAUCCCAAUCGUCAGAAUCGGUUGCCGAUCUGUUACAAAAUGCAUUUCCAAAUGGGUUUCCAGAUUAUUUCGAAAGAAAUUUUAAUUUUCCUUUUCAUUUAAUACAGACUAAGGACAGUCAACGCAUUGCUGUUGAUUUUAUUACACGCACGAUUAUAAUGUGUGAUAUAAUAUUAUCAUAUACGAUAUUACGCAAAUGCCAACGCUAUUUAAUACGCACGCUUUACAGUUGUUGGCGCAUUACUGAAUGCAGUAACGACAAUUUGUUAUAUUACCCGCACGUAAUAACGGGAAAUAUGUUAGAUUGCAUUUCGUCUUUUUCGAAAGUCGUUGCCGGGAAACCAGUGCUGUGCCGUCAGGUAGGCAGCGGCCGAAAAUGAAGACAAAUUUUAACAUUUAUUAUGUUUAACGACAAUGUGACCCAUACGUGGAAAUCGCAACUGUUUAUUAAUUCUUAUAGGAUUAUUCGAAUUAAAACAAUUUUUUCAGGUUUGUUAGAAAGAAAUUGCAUUCAUCUGUAUUCGUGUAGGCAAUUUCCUUACGGAAAUGCUCGUAUUUCAGACUGUCCGGUUCGCGUCGUUAACCGGUCGCGGUAGAAGAGGAUGUUCACGUUUUUGUAAUAAAUUAAUAAUUUAAAAAAAAAAUAAAAUAAAAAUAUUACGGCGCAUUAAUAAUGUACCGACGCCUAUGCGCAGACUUUUAAAACCCUAUACGUUUUAAAUUCAUGAUUCGAGCACGGUUUUUUCGUAAUAAUUCAUGUGGACGCCGGAUGAACACGACAGUGUUCAACUAUCACUAACACAUUGAUUAUAUUAUUACCGUUCGUGUUUCAUUAUGAACUCCGCGCCGUUCCAUAUUAUUAUUAUGUCGACGCAGAAAUAAUAUAAGCGAAGAAUUCGAGAAUUCGAAGUGUUUGUCGAAACGUAAUAUCUUGUUCGUGCGAUGAAUGUUCAUUUGUACGGUUUGUUUCAGGUAUCUUUUCUAUGCCGGACACUUCUAGUGAUCUCCAUUCGGAAGAAGACAAUAAUAUGUUAGACGGACUACAGCUUCGCGGCCGGUCCUUCGACGUCUCUCCCGACCACUCGAGAUCGCCGAGCACCGAGGACGGUUCGUUUUACCACCCGGACAAUAAUAACGUGUCCGAGGACGAUGACGAUAAUGUUAAAAGUACGUCGGUUGUGACCGUAGCAUAUUAUCUGUAUUAUAUAAUCUACUCAUUUUUGUUCCUUUUCGAAUGUUGAAUGACGGUUGUUUUCGUACCAUUUCAGUUGUACUAUCUAAUACUUACCAUACAUCUCAAAAUCAUAUUGGCCGUAUUUCCGAAAACAACUUAACCCCAUCACCUCCUCGUUCCAUUUCUAGAUAAAUUACAAAGUACGUAGGUACAGGCGUAUGCACUCGUAUACGUAGUUCAGAUAUAGAAAAGGUGUAACAAUAAGGAAUAAAAACAUAAAUUAGAUUUCCUCCCCCCCCCCCGGGCAACGAAACCGGAACUUUGAACUGCCCAGCUGUUUACAGUCGUCGUAUUAGCUGAAAUACUCGAUAUUUUCCGGGCUCGAUCCUUUAAAAAACAUAAAUCAACAAACAAAUUAAAUCUUAGUUCCAUAAAUACCAAAAAAACCCCUUAUCGGCAACACGGAAGGGAUUGAAUUUCGAAACGCAUUGUAGAUUUCCUCUUGUUUUUGGAUGGCAAACGCGCAAUGUUUCACCGAGAUUGGAAUACUGCUGUAGACUCGUAUAGCGGACAUACAGACAGACAGAAUUUGAAUUUUAUACACAUAAUAUACCUAUAAGAUUAUUUAAUCAGAAAUUUUAAAACGUUUGUAUAAUACUAAUUGUAUUGCACACACAGGCGAUUCGGAUCAGAGUUCGGACGGCGAGAAAUCGAGGAAGCCGUUGACGGGCAAACGAAAACGACAGACGAGCGGCGACGAGGACGACGACGCGCCGACAACGCCGAAAACGAGACGGUGCCGAAGGAGCAUCCGGCAAAGGCGUUCCGUGGACUCGCUGUCCGCCAAGGACCGAAAUCUACGGCGGUUGGAGAGCAAUGAGCGCGAGCGAUUGCGCAUGCACUCGCUGAAUGACGCCUUUGAGGUUGGCGGAAAAGCGAAUAGUUUAAUACAUUUUUAACAACGAUUCAUUUUACGAGUAAUACUUUACCACAACUUGCGUAGAUUUUUUUCUCACAAAAUACUCUUUUCGGUCCCCGAACAAGAUUCAAUAGCAACACUUUAACACCGUAACCGAUUUAUGGAUCUUCCGUCCGACGCAGCGAAACGAUUUUCUACAUUCCAAAACAGAAUUUGCACAAAAAUAAAAUAAAAAACUGAUCGCAAAUGUGACGAUACAACGGUUUCGGGCAAAAUCUCUAUAGGGAACUGCAAUUUCAAAUACCUCAUAGAAUAUGGGAGUACGAAAUAUCUUAUUUUUAUUUUAGAUACUCAGCAUAAUGUCUUGGUUUUACUAUAAUGUAAAUUCUAUUUUUUGUCUAUGACAUCAUUUUGACCCUAGUUAGUGCAUUCGAGUGGUGCUAUACUUUUUUUAAUUACAAAUAUUUGAAACUACUAUUUCUGAAAAUUCUUUUUUUGAAUCUAUAAUAUAAUUUGGAAACUGUUCAUUUUUGAUGAACAGAACUUGAAUCUAAAUUAUAUAAACAAUUAAAACUUUGAAUUGACAUUAUUUUGAUUUCUGGAAACAAAAUGUUAAAUUGUGUACCUACGUUCCGAUAGAAAUAUUUGCUAAGAAAAUCCAGUAAUUCCCAAUUUUGUCACGGAUUGAAAAAUUAAUUUUUAGGCGCUAAGUAGGCAACUUAUUAUGCUAUUAGCAGUUCAAUCUCAGAUAAAGUAUAUGGGUAAUUUGGGAAUCACUGAGCUGUUUUUUUUUUUAUCAAAUAUUGAUAGUAAGUUUUUUUAUAAAUUUAAUAAAUUGUCUAAAAGUAUUCUCUCGAUAUGUGAGUUGUUUAAAUGUAUUUGAUAUUUUUGAUUUUUUUUAUAGUUUUUAUUAAGUUUUGUAUGGAUAGAAUUGUUUUGACCAAACAUAAAUGUUUAAACAUUUUAGACAACGUUCAUCAUAAGCAGUUCAUUGUGGUAAAUUAAAAAAAAAGAAAAAAAGUUGAGGAUUUUGUAGUUAUUUUUUUUAUACGUGUUUUAAAGCAACGUUCGAAAAUGUUUUUAUAAUAAUAUACUUGUCAAAAACCGAUUGAAAUAGUUAAUAUUAAAUUAAUAUUAAAUUAACACUACACAAGAUUGUGUCAAAAACAAAGAUUUUAGUUAAACAAAAUAUACAAAACGAUAAAACAAUUAAUUAAAAAAAAUAACAGAACGAAAAAUAAUCGUAAAACAAUAAACGAUGGAUAAUAAAAAUAGUAUUGAUAAUUUUCAUAAUUAUUCCGUACAACGUUAACACGAUAAACAUUUACAUAAUAUAAUUUAUACACGAAUUCCAAUAAUAGCUAAUAAAAUGGUUUUAUUUUAUCUAGAAAAUACAUAGAUUUUGAGCGAAGCGAGGAAUGCAUUGGUUUUAUAAUGAUGUUUAUUUAAUAUUCUUUUUUAUUUGUAAACAUCUUUUCUACUUGAAAUGGCAGAAAUCUUAAUCUCUAGUAUAAUAUCUUUUCUGAAAAGAAAUUUUAUUUGAAAGGUACUAUAAGUAAGACAUGAGUACUUUAGGUCAUUUUUCGAUUUUCCUAGCGGUUUUCAUAACAUUUGAGAAAAUCUAGGAAAAACGUAGAAAAACGCGAAAAUGUUACGAUAAUGUUCUUGUUAAUUUAAAUUUUGUUUUUUUUUUUUAUGUAUUUCAGUUAAAAAUGUUUGUAUAAACUUGAAAUUUGAACAGAAAACUUAUAUUUUCCUGACAUGAUAAAAUUUUCAAAGCCAUUUUUGAGUUAUUUAUAAGAAUACUAAUUUUGUGGGUUUUUCACGUAAUUAUUAUUUGGUAGUAUUCUAUAAAUAAAACUGUUAAACCAAACAGAAAUACUAGAAAAUUUAACAGGAGGUUUAUUAUAAAUCGUAAUAUUUGAUAAAAAAAAAAAAAAACAUAAGUAUAAUGUACAAUUUAUUUCUAUAAAACUUUAAAUACAAAAUUUUGACAAAAAUCGUAAAUAUUACGGCUUUUCAAAACAUGUAUAACCGAACACCGCUCAGAAUCGUUUUUCGUUAGUAAUGAUAAAUCGUUGCGUACAGAUAUACAUUCAAUUUUCUUUUACCUUUCCAACUUCUCUUCUAAUACAGUGUGUCACCAUCGUGCGAAGUACGUCCGUAUUUUUAAUUCAUAAUUCUUCAUCUGUCUAUUUUUAAAUCCUAACUGGUACUCAAAAGUUGAAAGAAAACAAAAUAAUGAGAAAUAAAUGAAAAAGUUAAAUCAAAUUAAGUGUUACAAACAAAAUCUAUUGUAAUAUCCCAUUCAUAUGAGAUCAACAUUUUAUUUUACAUAAUCUAAUCAUUUUUUAUUUUUUUUCUAUCUAUUAAGAGUUCAAUUAGUCAAUAGAGUUCGUACGUUGAUUUUAUAUAUUUUUUAAUAUUUCAUAAAUCUGUUAUCACACAGCUCAAAUUACAGUGAAGUCUGUUAUUUUGCCUGUUUAAAACCUCGAAGGAAUAUUCAAUUCUUCGGUGUAUGUACGAAUAUAAUAAUAUAUUGUCCGCUAUUAAUUAUAUUACAACAAACACUUUUCAAUAAUUCUAAAACGAAUCUUGUGUUUAAUUAAAUCGUCUACGUUUAAAUACUUGCGUUCACAUCAUUGUCAAUAAUACGGGAUGUUUUUGUUGUAGAAACUACGAGAAGUCGUGCCGCACGUGAAAAUGGGACGUAAAUUAUCAAAGCUGGAGACGUUAACGCUGGCAAAAAACUACAUUAUGGCGCUGACCAACGUUAUAUGCGAGAUGAGAGGCGAACAAAAGCCGUUUACGUGAGGACAUUUUACGCAUACCAUUGUUAUUAUAACACCCGCAGUACCGUGUAAAUAUAUAAUAAUAUCAUUAAUCGUGUACGGUACAUUUCAGUUUUGAUGAUCCCGAUCAAGCCGAAAACGACUACGCUUCAAGCAACGACGGCGGUUUCGAGUCGGGCAAUAGCACUAAGACGCCAACGUCGAAUUUGGAACAAGAGUUACUUUCGUCGGACUAGAAAAUAAAAAAGAGCACCUUCAUUUCUAAUUCCUAUAUUAUUAUAUUAUAUUAGUCGUGUACAAACCAAACUUUACUUUUCUUUUUUUUUUUUUUUAAAGUUACUUUUAGGUAUAAUAAUAUUAUUGUUAUUUUAAAAUAUUUUACCAAAAUACUACCUAUUGUUAUUUUAUUAUUAUUAUUAUUAUUAUUAUUAUUAUCAUUAUCAUUAUUAUUGCAUUGUAUUUGAUAAAUAAUACGUUAGGUACGCUAGGUAUUAUGUAUUGCCGUUCGGCAUGUGCAAAUUCCAUAUUUCCUAAUUCUUUUGUGAUGACAUCGACGGUGCGGACGGCCAUACCGUAAAAGAGUAAAAGUAGGUAUGGUUCGUAGUGGAACUAUCACGGGUGUUAUCGGAUGUGAAGUAAUAUGAAAUUGCUGUUGGCGUACAUGAUAAUUAUAUAAUAACAAAUCCACCACACCGGGUCAACCGUGAUGAACGAUAAGGUCAUCGAAUAAUAUGUCAUCGGAUUUAAAAAUAAGAAACGGCACCGAUGCCGCCUGUGUCAUCACAGAUGAAUUCAGGUAUAUACGGAUCGUAUGGGCGUUAAACAUUAUUUUUAACGUUAUGUUUUUACCAUUCCUACAUGAAAUGUUUAAUUGAAUCGUUAAAGCACGUCAGUAUAAUAUUAUCACCUUGUUAAAAUGUCAAAAAUAUAAAUAUAUUGAUUUUUCAACUGAACCGUUUGGGUAUUUGUAUCCGAAUUGUGCCAAGUAUGUAAGGCGUGUAGGAUUACCGGCGU